UCAAUGUGCAAGUUACGAUAGGGGUGCUAUGAUAAAGCUUAAAUGUACAAACGUAAUUGGCAAACUCUUUCGUAAUUUUAAAAACAGAAACUUAUACGAUGGCGCAUCGUUUCAUGACAGUUUCUAAAAGAUUUGAAAAUAUCAUUGCACGAACGGUAUUAAAUAAGAAAAUAACUUUAACAAAACUGCAGAUAUGCCAGAACCUUGAAUUCCUGCAUAAAACACCCGAAGCACUUAGUUUUCGAAAUCUGUUACAUCAGUGGCGACAUCUCUGUGAGCAUCCACCAAAAGGAUUUGAGAAAUACUUCCCUGGUGGAAAGAAAACAUCAUCAAAUGCCAAAUCAGGAGAGAAAUCCCAUAAUUCAAGAGGAGAGCCAAAAGAGCAGCCUAAAGAUGCUCCAUCUAAGAGUAGCCCUCAGAAACCAAGCAGUGGUAAGCAGGAUUCCCAGUGGCCAUUCAACAUCGGUAGCAGCUUCUCUGGAGGUUCAAAUAAAGGAGGACGAAACCCUUUCAGUCCAGAUGAUCAAAACCGCUUAAUGACCAUAGCUCUCGUCACAACAAUGGGUGUAUUAGGCCUCCUGGCUUUCAAUGAGAUGAGGUACAAAGAAAUCACGUGGAAGGAGUUUGUGAACACUUACCUUGCCAGAGGAGGGGUGGAGAAGCUGGAAGUUAUAAACAAAAAGUGGGUAAAAGUUAAGCUGCUACCUGGGAAUGCAGUAGAUGGGAAUGUAAGUGUACAUUGUUUGUUUCUCGGGAUUGAAUUGGUCC